GCCGCCGUCGCUGCCGCCGCGCUCGCUGGCUGGCCCGGUGCGGGCGCCGGGCUCCUGCCACAGGAGAGAACCACCGGCGCCACCACCACCACUUCGACCCGGGCCCGGGCACCGGCCCCGCCCCGGGCCCCGGCCUGAGCCCCCCGCCCGGCCGGGCGAUGAAGUGUCACUACGAGGCGCUGGGGGUGCGGCGCGACGCCAGCGAGGAGGAGCUCAAGAAGGCCUAUCGGAAGCUGGCCCUGAAAUGGCACCCGGAUAAAAAUCUGGAUAAUGCCGCAGAAGCAGCUGAACAAUUUAAACUAAUCCAAGCAGCGUAUGAUGUGUUGAGCGACCCUCAGGAAAGAGCAUGGUAUGAUAAUCAUAGAGAGGCUCUGCUUAAAGGAGGGCUUGAUGGAGAGUAUCAAGAUGACAGCUUAGAUUUGCUUCACUAUUUCACUGUGACCUGUUACUCUGGUUAUGGAGAUGAUGAAAAGGGCUUUUAUACAGUGUAUCGUAAUGUUUUUGAAAUGAUUGCCAAGGAAGAACUAGAAUCUUCUUUAGAAGAGGAUGUUGAGGAUUUCCCAACUUUUGGAGACUCCCAGAGUGACUAUGAUACGGUAGUCCAUCCUUUCUACGCUUAUUGGCAGAGCUUCUGCACUCAGAAGAACUUUGCUUGGAAAGAAGAAUAUGAUACACGACAGGCUUCAAACCGCUGGGAGAAACGAGCCAUGGAAAAAGAGAACAAAAAGAUUCGAGACAAAGCAAGGAAAGAGAAGAAUGAGCUUGUCCGUCAGCUGGUAGCUUUCAUCCGUAAAAGAGAUAGAAGAGUGCAGGCUCAUCGAAAACUUGUGGAAGAACAGAACGCAGAGAAGGCGAGGAAAGCCGAAGCAAUGAGGCGGCAGCAGAAGCUAAAGCAGGCCAAACUGGCAGAGCAGUACCAAGAGCAGAGCUGGAUGACGGUGGCCGAUUUGGAGAAGGAGCUCAGGGAGAUGGAGGCGCAGUAUGAAAAGGAGUUUGGAGACGGAUCAGGUGAAGAUGAAGUGGAAGAGCAGGAACUCCAAGAUGGACAGGAUGGUAAAGAUAGUGAUGAGGCUGAGGAUGCAGAACUUUAUGAUGGCCUUUACUGCCCAGCAUGUGACAAAUCUUUCAAGACGGAAAAGGCCAUGAGGAAUCAUGAAAAAUCAAAGAAGCAUCGGGAAAUGGUUGCCUUGUUAAAACAACAGUUGGAGGAGGAGGAAGCAAAUUUUUCAGGACCUCAAACUGAUGAAAACAGUCUGAAUGCCAAUUCUGAGGAAGAAAUGGAGGAUGCACCAAAACAAAAGCUUUCUAAAAAACAGAAGAAAAAGAAACAGAAACCAGCACAGAAUUAUGAUGAUAAUUUCAAUGAAAAUGGAACUGGAGAAGGAGUAAAGGUUGAUCCAGAAGAUAACAGCCUAAAUCAAGACAGUGCCAAAGAAUUGGAAGAUAGUCCCCAAGAAAAUGUCGGUGUUACAGAGACUGUGGAACUGUGUGAUGACCCCAAAAGUGAAGCUAAAAGCGUUUCUAAACCCAAAGGAAAGAAAGCCAAAGAUACUAAAAAAUCUGUCAGAGUACCUGCUGAACCACAGACAGUGAGUGAUGUUCUUAUCAGCUGUACAACCUGCCAUAGUGAAUUUCCAUCCCGGAAUAAACUUUUUGACCAUCUAAAGGCCACAGGUCAUGCAAGAGCACCUUCAUCAUCAUCUUUAAACAGUGUAACAAAUAGUCGAAGCAAAAAAGAGAAACGUAAAAACAGAUAGAAAUCCUGCCAAUGCUUUUCCUUUUUGAUUGUCUCUAGAUUUUGACACCAAAAACUGAACUGAAAUCAUCUAAAGAGUUAA